AUGGAGACCGUUCUGAAUACUGACAGUCUCAAUGAAAAGAACUCGAAUGAGUUCAAUGAUGACGAGCACGAGCUGUUCAACCCAGUGUUGGCAAGUAUCAGACUUGAUAAACUGGCCGACUAUGCAUCCAGCAUCCGCAAAACUCUGGACCACCACAGUGCAAAUUUCAGCGCAGUAAUAGUCGGCUCUCCCAUUUUUGGCUCUUAUCACAUCUUGUAUCCAAUAGAAUUUCUUGAUAAAGUCCGUUGGCUGUUGAAAGUUCCCAUAAACGGCACAAGGGAUAAAUUCUGCGAUUUGGACGCCAGAAGCAUACGAUCUGAAGCUUCUACAAUGCGCUAUUUACGAAAAAUCACAACAAUUCCGAUUCCCGAUGUAAUCACUUUCAGUUCAAGUUGCGACAAUGAGCUCAAUUGCCCAUUUAUACUUAUGAGUUAUAUCGAUGGAAAGCCGUUGUAUGAUAUUUGGUUUGACAGAACACAGCCAAAUGACGUUAUUGAGGCCCGACGGACCAAAAGCUUGCAAGGCGUUGCGGCUGCAAUGGUCCAGCUCGGCCAGGUUUCGUUCGAACAAGCUGGAUCGCUGUUCACAAGCGAAUUGAAUGGUGAUAUCGAUGCCAAUUCCCUCGAAAUCUGGCCUUUACGUCUAGUCAACAACAUUGCCAUGCUUGAACGCAUGAAAGACGACGAUUAUGAUGAUUUGCCAAUCUAUCUGGAGGCCGGACCCUUCCGAGACUUCCAAGCCUACUUCACAGCUCUUCUGGACUAUCGAGAAAAAAGUCCUACAACAGAUUUCACGCGAGGCCAACUCAUUCUUCUCAGGAUACUACUAGAUUGGAUACCAGAACCGAAACUAAGAGACGAGUGCAAGCCUUUCGUUCUUGCUCAUCCAGAUCUAGAUAUUCAAAAUGUUCUAGUUGCGGAAGACGGCACAUUACAAGGAAUCAUCGAUUGGGAUGGAGUCUGUUCUGUUCCUCGACCUGUCGGAAAUGAAAGGUUCCCAAGCUGGUUGACUCGUGACUGGGAUCCUGCCAUGUACGGGUGGAAUGAAGACAUGGAACGUGGCGUAGAACCGGUCGGGGUUUGGGAAGAUUCCCCGGAAAUACUGAGAAAGUAUAGAUCCAUCUACGUUGGAUUUAUGCAAUCCUUUGCCCGUUCGAACAACAAUCCGCUCUUUGGCCUGACUCGCAACUCGAUCAUCUAUGAAAAUUUGUUGAUUGCGGCCAAUGAUCCGCUUUGUACCUUUGGGAUUUUGCAAAAGGUUUUUGGUGAAAUUCAAAAUCAUGUUCGGACAGAUGUGCUCCAAUCAGAGAGUAGUGACGAAGAAGGGCUAGAAGAAUUUGAUCUUCACAACAUCUCUUGGGCUUUGAGCGAGAACAGGCUGAGUGAAUGUCACUUGAACCUGCUCAAACAAGGCUUCCAUCUGUUAUUAAAUGGCGAAGAAGUCUUGUAG